AUGACACUUCCAUUCGCCACAACUGGCUCCUCGCUCCCCACGGCGAGCGACUUGUCCGUGUGCGGCGUCGUGCUGCUCCUCACUGCUGUUUUCUUCACUCGACACGUGAUGCGCAGCAAACAGACGACUCAGACUAACCCGACAACGCCGUUCCACUCGACGCAACUUCCCCUCCUCUCUGCUGACCAACUGGCUGACUCGCGAGUGCUGGCGGCUGCACAAAAAGCAGCCGAAGGAGUGGCGACAUGUACGACCUGUGGCUUUACGAACUUCGUGCGUGUCGCGCAUUGCGCCAUGUGCAGCUCAGAUCGAAAACUCUGCGUCACUCUGCGCUCUACUACCGACCGUGACACAGAUGGACCAGCGUCGUCGCUCUCUCCUGGUCAAGCAGAACGUCGAGAGUGGAUGCGACAAGUGAAUGCCAAGAACCGCUUGGUCUGGCAACGGAGGCUUCAGAAAGAGUCGGACCGGUCGCCGGGCUACGUGCUCCGCUUCAACUUGGCACACGAUACGGAACCCGAGUCCGAGCGCCAGGUUUUUACACAACGAGAACGCAGUCUUAGCUCAGGCUACGACCCGUGUGCAGGGGUGCAGUUCGAGCUACUAGAGUCGCGUGACGUUCACUCGACGCAAUUCCCGCUGCCACCUCCGCGUGCUGACAUGGCCGACACGAUAGCAGAUCUGACGCAGAUUGCAGUGGUCCUCGCUGCUCAGGAUUUUCCUACAAAGUACGCGCACUUUGUCAAGAAUGUUGCAAUGCUGCAACGAGAUAGCGAGGCGAAAAGGGAAGAGUUGUGUGUGGUUGUGCACCGAGACUACGUUCUUGAGGAAUCGGUGCAGCAUAUCCAGUGCAUUGAUGAAACGAGUAUCCGCUCCAUGCGUCUCCAGUUGAAAAUUGCUGGUGAAGAAGAGGUGUUGCGCGACGUUGGCGGCCUACAUCGCGAAUGGCUGACUCUGUUGAAUGCAAGGCUGGUGGACCCGCGCGCAGGUCUUUUCGCGUGCACGCAACGCAGUACCCAGACCUAUUUUAUCAACGCGCAGUCGGAGGUCGCGCUUGGAGCUGACCAUUUGCCGUACUUUUACGCGACCGGGAGGCUAGUCGGGCGAGCACUUCUCGAAGGAGCUGUACUUCACUUCCAUUUGUGUGCGCCGCUGCUCAAGAUGAUCUUGGGAACGCCGAUCAGCUUUGGCGACUUGGAGCACUUGGAUGCCGACAUGUACCGAAAUUUGACGCACCUGCUGGACAACGAUGGCGCUGGGACCCUAGAAUUGGACUUCACGGUGACGCAACGUCACGCUGAUCAUGUCGAGACCGUCGAGCUCAUUCCUGCGGGUCGGAAUAUCCAAGUCAAUGACGACAACAAGUUUGAGUUCGCGGACCGCAAGUUCCGCUACAUGAUGUUUGAGAGCGUGGCGCCACAGCUGGCCUCUUUCUUGAAGGGGUUCUACGAGGUGGUCCCUCAGCGUCUGCUACUGCCGUUUGGCUACGAAGAGCUGGACUACUUGCUCUGUGGCUCUGACAAGAUCGAUGUCAUCGACUGGAAGCAGCACACGCGCUUGAUUAUGGAACAUCGUCGCGAGGUAACAUGGUUCUGGGACGUCAUUGAGCACAUGUCCGACGUGUACCGAAAGCAGCUGCUACACUUUGCCACGGGCUACCCACGCGCUCCAUUGACGGGUUUCCAGGGCCUCACAAGCUACGAUGGUCAGCCCUGCCUGUUUACGUUGACCGAUGCGGGUAGUUGGGGCUGCUUUCGAAGCCAUCCGUGCCACAACCUGCUCGAGUUGCCCAACUUUUCGACCAAAGACGAACUACGCACCGCGCUUUAUGCCGCUCUGUACAACGAAUUCCGUGUCCACGACGUCUUGACGAGCGACGGCACGUCUGUAUUCUAG